AUGGACUUUCGCCAGGCCCUUGAAGCGGGAUCUUCGGCUUCUGCUUCCAGUGACACUCAAGAAGCCAUUUCCCAACAUUUGUACGACCUUUCAUUGCAAGUUGCUUCUCUUGAACAGCAGUUGCGUGCUGUCCGUGCAGAGCUCAGCGACAUCCAGCGCGAGCUGCGGGGUCAGCAGGUCCCUCUGUCUGCCAUACCUGCCAGCCCAAUAUCUUCGAAUUCGGCUGUGGUUGAGGGCACACCUGAUCAGAGUCACUUAGCGGCCUUCAUGAGCAGCCCCGUCGAGGGCGAUGAUCUUACUGAGGAGCAACUGGGGGGCCUGAUGUCUCGCGAGGACACACAACUUCCCCCUGACGACGACCCGACUGCAGGCCGUUUGGAACGGCAGCUUGCAGGCUUCAUUGCCUACGGCGGCAGCGCAGGUGAUUGGCAUGCCAUGAACUCAGGUUUCAUUCUUGCAAGGCAUUCCCGUCAGGCGAUGCCGUGGGAAAGAGUGACGAGGCCCCGCUUGGGGCCCGGCUUCAUGUUCCAGGAGCCGUUGCUAGGUCGCUUCGACGGUCUUAGGAGGGCGGCGAUCCCCGCCCCUGCAGCAGGGCCGUGGGCAUGGGUGCCCAAAGGAACUUAUGAGGCCAGGCGACUUCUCGCAGCAAGGUUUGCCAAAAGCGAUGACAUGCUUAGGCUUGCCGCACUAAAGAAAAUUCGGCUCAUCGUGCUUUUCUUCCCGGAUGACUCGGAGCUUGGAAGGAACCUCGUGGGUUCUGCAGGCUCCCUGGUGGAGGAAUCCAUGCUGACCUCGACCAUCGAGGACACUUUUUCAGGCAGAGCCGCCAGCACCCUUCUGAAGCGUGCCUCAGAUUUCUCAAGGUUUGCCAAGUGGAUCGUAGCUAGCAAAGGGCGCCCUCUGGCGCCUUCCGAGGGCGAGUUGUACGCUUAUAUGCUUCACUUGCGACGAGAGAAAGCAGGAGCCACUGCCGGCGAGUCUUUUCUCAAGGCCUAUAGGUUCUUCGUGCACUUGACAGGGGCUGCGCAAGGCUCCAGGAUUUCCCCUCGUGUGCAGGGAGCAGCCAAGGCGAUGUCCAUGGGCAAACGGCCGCUCUGGCAAGCACCGCCCCUUCCGGUGGAGGCAGUGCGGCUCUUGGAAGAAUUCGUCCACGACUCCGAGGAUUAUGCCAGGGCUAGCAUUGCAGGGUUCAUUCUUUUCUGCCUCUACUCCUCGGCUCGAUGGUCGGAUGCGGCUCGAGGGACUGACUUGAGCAUUGACGUGGCAGGUAACGGGCUUGUCCUUCUUGAGUGUUCGACAAAACAUUACAAGACGAAGGCCAAGGACCGAAAGGAUACCGUGCUGCCUUUGAUUGCACUGGGCAGUGGCUUAACUCAGCCCUCAUGGGGACGUGUCUGGAUGCGCAAGAGGGCCCUGGCAGGGCUACCAGACUGUGCCGUAAUCAUGCCGGCCAUGUCGCCGGGAGGGAACUUUCUAGGAAGGGCCAUGACGGCUGCGGAGGGUUCCUUGUGGCUUCGUGAGUUUUUGCACUUGCAGGGUUUCGCGGGAGAUCUUGAACAGUACAGCUCGCACAGCCUGAAAGCAACCGCCUUGUCCUGGACGGCCAAGAGCGGGACCAUGACCUACGAGGAGCGCCUUACCCAGGGGCAUCAUUGCAGUCCAAAGCACGGCAUGGCUCUCCUGUACUCGAGAGAUGCGCUUGCAGAAAUCAUAGUGAAGGUGGCCAAGGUCGUGAGUGCUGUGAGCAGGGGAGUGCUUAGUCCCGAUCUCCCGCGAGCCGAGAGGGUCGCAAGAGCUCUGCGUGGCGAUCCAGCAGAUUUUGCACAUCUUCCUGAGACGACGGCUGAGGAUUUGCCGGCCGAAGAGCCUCAAGAUGAGAACAACUCCGAGGCUGGGUCUGACAUAACAAACCUCGACGGUCUCGAAGUGGACCUGGGGGCACCGGCCCCGGAGGAGGUCAGUCCGCGGCUUAGCUGCACGUUCUCGGGAGAGACCUACAUGCACGUCUUGAGUGGAGUGGUGCAUAAGUUGGUCAACCCCGGAAUUUUUAAGUGCGGCAGGAAGGUCACGGCGAACAUGCGUUUGAUGGGGAUGUGCUCAGUUGAUCGUUUGCUGAUUUGCGACGUCGUGCCUAUGCCAUUUGAGAUGAGGGUGCUCGGGCCGAUUGAGAUCAGUGGGGUGUUUCUUGCUUCGGAGCGCAAAACCGGUCUCAUGGCCGGACUUGAAUCGGUGCCCGCCUUCACCGACCGAGCAAAGCAGAUCGGCAUCAGCGAGGAUCUUCUGACCAAGCUCCUUGCUAAGAGCUUGGACACCUUCGGCAAGCUAGCUUUCGUGUGCUCGAGCAAACCUUCCAGCGGGGAUGACACUCCUCUCUUCGAAGCCCUGAAGACUCUGAUUGGGAGUGAGGUUCCAGUGGAACAACAUAUGGUGAUCAGGCGAUUGUGGUACGAGAGCCACGCCCACGCCCUGGUUGACUUGGCCUCGAGAUGGAUAUCCACACAGAACCUGGACACGGCCUUGGACCGCGUCCAGGCCAUGCUCGACUCUGCACAAGUGCUGCACAUCGCGCCGGAAAAGUGCAUUUCCCGCCAUGACGAAAUCCUGGGUGAAAAGACGGAGCAAAAGAUCUCUUUGGGAGCCGACGGGAACAUCAAGAUCACGAAGCAAGCCUCGAGUCUCCGUUGCGAGACUACCGGCGAGCUCAAGCUUCGCCGGUGCUUCCUGCGCCGGGCCUUAGCGUUCGAUCAAGUAGGGCUCGCCUCCUUCACUGCAAUGGAGUCUUGGCACAACCGCAUGUUCCAGGCUCUGCUUGAUGUGCCUCCGGCGGGUUAUCGCUACACUACCGUUCAGCAGCUGCUCGCAGCUGACCAGAAGCUUUGGCAGGUGGUGGCCCAGGAGAGCCGAGGUGACAUCGUCGUCGGGGUCGGAGCCCCGGCUCCUCUUGAUAAGCACAUAGCCGCUGCUGCAACCAAUCAGUUUGUGGUAUCCUGCCUGACACACCUUCCUAAGCCUGCCGAGAACCAGGCCCAACCGUGGAAGCCGAAUAAGGGACCCGACAAGGGCAAUCAGAAGGGAGAGAAGGGUACCAAGGGCAAAGGCCGCGGCAAAGGGAAGCAGAAUCACAGCCAAGGCCAGGCUGAUGCAUCCUCGCAACCGUCCCUGAAGGAGCUGCUGGAGUCGUUACCCGAGGGCUGCGUGCGGGCCAACGAUGAUGGCCGUUUCAUCUGCCCGUUUUACAACAAGGGGAUCUGUCGCUUCCAGAAACGCAAGUCGUGCCGCUUCGGAAAGCAUGUGUGCAACUUCAAAGGGCAAAUCUUAGCUCAGAGCACACCUGUUACCGCUGAGCAAGUGAUGAGGCUUUUUGAUGCCUUGCCGCAUGAGCAGUGCGACCGAGACGCCGAAGGGCGCUCCUUUUCGGCAGGGAUGUACUCUCGAGUUAAGGUGAGCCUUCGCAAAUCUUGUAGGCUUUUUCCACAGACGGUGCGAGUGGUGAACAGGUUUGUAGCCUCUUUGCUUGAAGGUGCCGUUUACACGAGUUUUGCCAUUUUUGAUCAGGUGUGCACUCGGCCACACCGAGAUUCACAGAACGCCUUUUCUCCGAACUAUGUGAUCCCCUUGACCAUUUUCCAAGGGGGAGCUAUCCGGGUAAGCGAGCCGGAUCGGACCGUGGAUUUGCAAGUAUCCCGCGGGCCGGUCAAAUUUUGUGCACGAGAGUACGAACAUCGCACAUUGCCAGCCACUGGGCGCCGGGUUGUCCUAGUGCUUUUUGCCUUGCAGGCCGGAGGGCGCCUCUCAGGCGCCGAUCGCCGGGUCCUGCUCGAUUUGGGUUUCCCCUUGCCUACCGCUUCGCAUCUUGCUUCCACAGAGGCCUGCGCCUCGCAGCAGGUUUCAGUCACGGAACAGAUGAGGCAGGUUCUCCCCUUGAAGACGCCCGCAUCGACUUCCACACAGCCUGAGCCUAGAGCAUCUGUUCCCGUCCCCUCGGAGCUCUCCGAGACCAACUCGCCACCUUGCCAGGCACCCAGUGCCGAGCAGCCCAGUGCCGCCUCAGCUUCGUCCGGGACCUCUGAGGGCUGCAACUCCCUGUCGAAACAGGGCCCCUCUUCGGUCCCCCGUCCGCCUUUGCUUGUUGAUUGCCUCGCGGAAGCGGGAUCCUUGUCGGCCGCCGCCAUGCGGGCUGGAUGGGAUGCCUUGUCCCUGGGCCACAAAGGCGGUGCCCCAGAGUCCUGCCCUCGAGUACCGCUGGACCUCUCCACUGGCGAUGAUCUGCAAGCUUUGCUCGAUUUCGACCGGAACACUUUGGUUGACUGGUGGCAUUUAAAUCUGUUCUUGAAAUCUUGCAAUCAGGGGCGUGACUCCCGAGGUCGUUCCAGCCUUCGCGAUGCCUCUCACUUGCUAGGGCGGGAUGGCCUCCCCGCUAGUGCCGCCUCCCUGGUGCUGCGUGACAACGGCUUGGUGCAAGCCGUGGUCGACCUGCUCUUCCGAGCCUACGAAACUCGAGCCCUCGUUAGCCUGAUCGCUCCGGCUCGGAGUUGGGUGUGGAGCCUCCUCGCCCAUCGCUCCGGCUCGGAGAGGCGGCAUGCGGGUUUUCUGCAAUGGUUCUUCGCCUUAGCUGAUCAAGAGCUUGACACUUGCAUGUUCGGUGCCCCCUUCCUGACCUCGCUGCGGGUCCGAGCUGAGUCCUUCUCCUUCCCAGGCCUCAGUCGGUCUUGUGAUAAGUCCCAUAAACAUCUACCUUGGGUUCCUCCUUCGACGGCUGGGAAUUUUAGUGAUGCCUCGCUUCCUGCUGAGUUAUGCCAGACACUUUGUCGGUCCGCCACUGCCGCCUGCCAAGGAUUGCAGCCCCACAAGGUUGACUUCAUGCAUAGCCGGCACCUUCGAGCUCAGGUGCGAGCGGCAGCGGCCAAUCAGCCCACUUUUAUGCCUCCCUUAAUCCCUGAGUUUCGGGUUAGGGUCCCUCUGUCCCAAGUGCCGGCUGGAGCUGAUUUCAAAAUCCUCUCCCAAGGCCGCGGCUCUAAUGCGGGGGAUUGUGAUGAGCCGAAUCCUUCUAAAAGGGUCCGGACGCAUAAAGACGGUAAAGCCGGGGACCUGGCAGGUGUGUACUUUUCCAUGGAGGAGCACCUGCAUCGCGCAUGUGAGCUACCUAGCCCGGCGGAUAAUAGCACUCGUUUGCCCGAUGCCGUGCGUCGCAACAUCUUUGCCAUUCUUACGGAAGGCCCUGUGGCCGUGUCCAAGCGGCGGAUGCUUGAACUGAAAUCCUUGAAUGACCGGAUGGCGGCGCUUUCUGCGGCUGAGAAGGAGCUGCGAGCCAAGAUGCAUCCGGACGUGGAGCGAGUCACCAAAGGCAAGGCCCUAGCAUUGUUUCGCGAGCUUCUUGAGGAAACGGGCUUUCCUGACUUGGCGGUGGUGAACCUCCUUUCCGAAGGAGUGCCAUUGGUCGGUCAAGAAGCCGAGUCCCCUUUGUUUGCCAAACGGCCGAAGCCUAAAGACCUUGAGCCAGAUCAGCUCAAAACCCAGGCCGCUCUGCGGAGGCGUGCAUUGCAGAAGAUGAAAGGGCUUACUUCAGAGCAGGAUUACAAGGCGAUGAAGGCUGAGACUUCCGAGGAGCUGGCAGCGGGCUUCCUCACGGGUCCAUAUCACACGGAGCAGGAAGUCAGCGACAUCUUGAAGACCGACGCUUGGUCGCUUUCCCCCCGUUUCCUUUUGAGGCAGGGAGAAGACGCCAAGAUAAGAAUAAUCGAUGAUUUUAAGAUGUCCGCGGUCAACAAGGCUUUCGGCUCCUCGUCUUUCCUAGAGCUUCAGGAUACGGAUUACGCGGUCGGCCUCCUGAGGUUCCUUUCCCGCGUGCUGCAAGAUCGCUCCAAGGUCCGGGUCCCCCUGUCUGAUGGCACCGUGCUCGAGGGGGACUGGGAUCCUGAGAUGCUCCGCCAGCCCGCUCUGCUUGGUAAGACACUUGACUUGAGCAAGGCCUACCGCCAGGUGAGCAUCCACCCUUCCACGAGGGAGCAUGCUGUCCUUGGCUUCCCUAACCCACAGGGCAAGUGGGAGUUUUACAUAGCCCAGAGCCUGCCUUUUGGUGCUGCUGCCAGCGUGUAUGGGUUCAAUAAAGUAGCACUUGCGAUCCUUCAUAUCAUGGUUGUCAAGUUCGCUGCGAUCGCGACUGACUUUUAUGACGACUGCACAGUGUAUGAAUUUCGCCCAGCUGCUUUCUUGUUGGACAAAGUCCUGAUGAGGCUGCUUGACCUGCUUGGGUGGACCUAUGCAAAGAGUGGGCGGAAAUUUGUUCCCUUUGACAACAAGGUGGUCUCCUUGGGUGUUUCUUUGGGCCUUGACGAGAUAUGGCAGGGCACUCUCAAGGUUGAGAACAAGGCUGGACGACUUGAGAAAAUUGCUGCACUCCUUCGUGCGGUAGCCCAGGGAGGAGCUGUGACGAGAAGUGAUGUGGCUUCGCUUCAUGGCUUGAUUAACUUCGCCGGGGGUCUGAUUAUGGGCUUCGAGCUUAAGCCAACUUCCCGGAUGCUGACACGGGCUUUGUCAGGGCCCUUCCUGGGCAACACGCCUGAGCUUCGGCAAGCUUGUGAGCUUGCUCUGGAUGUCAUCGCGCAGUGCAGGCCGAAGCGAUGCCCGGCCACGAUUCUGCCACCUGUAGUGCUCUACACGGAUGGGGCCUUCGAGAAAGGGCGAGGCACCUGGGGAGCGAUUCUUGUUGAUGCUUACACGAGCUCCCGAUGGGUUUUCGGGGGAGAAGUUUGCAAACCGCUGAUGGAUCACUGGGGCAGGGAGGCUGGCGCCCAAGUGAUUUGCCAGGUUGAAGCCUACGCUCUGGCGAUUACCUCGUUCGGGAUCCGCGGCCUCCUCAAAGGUCGCUCGGUCCUAGCUUGGAUCGACAACAAUGCAUGCCUUUAUGGAUUCGUGAAGCGAUACUCGCCUUCGGCUUCGCUGAUGCGCUUCAUCUCACUGGGGGCCUUGAUGGAGAGCUCCAUGGAGGCGCUUAUGUGGUUUGAGCGGGUUCCCUCAAAGAGUAACCCGGCGGACCUUCCGUCGCGGGGACUGUUCGCCCAGGCCUGUGAGCGGUUUCAAGCCAUAAACAAGGGGGACGUGGCAGCCACCGAUACGAUGUUGGACUUCAUUCGUGCUCCCAAUUACGAGCCGAAGCUAGCCCAGGCGAUUCUUUCGUCGGCUAGGCUGGAAGCCGAUUGGGCUGCGGAAGCUAUGCAGUGA